AUGCGUUGUUUAUAUUUUGUUACAUGGACUGUUUUGGCAGUAUACAUUAGUUCUCGUGAAAGUCAUGCUCAGGUACCUGUGUACGUUGUCCGUAUUGAUAAUCUUUUGAGGAUGCAACAAGGCAUAGGAUGGCCGCAGCAUCUUAAUGUAGUAAAAGGACAUGUGGCGAUGUUGCGGCUGACUAGCACAUUGGAUAAUAUGAAAGAGUGUAAAGUGUUCACCCCUACUGGACUCCAUUUCAAUGUUCGCAACCCGCCGAGCAAUAGAUAUCAGUCUUGGAGCAAUGGUUGUGGACUCAAGAUAAACAAUGUGACUGCCUCGGACCGUGGUAGGUGGCGAUUUAUUGCUUCUAAAGGCAAUGAGUCGAUUACGGGAUGGUCAGAAGUGACUGUAGUGGAGGACACACCAUACGCACCAUCAGAUGCGAUUGCUUUACAAGACGGUAAAACCCACGUUCAAGUAGAUCUGACAACUCUUCAGAAUUCUUAUUGUUUGGUCACUCAACCAUUUUCUGUGAGCUCUUUGGUACCUGGUCACUGUCGUUUAACACUAGAUCGAACUACUAGAGCUGUUCAGGGACGAUGGACUGUCGUACUAGGUGUACCUGGCAGAGUGUCAGAGUUACAAGUGGAAAGAAAUGUCGCUGUGCAAAAUGAGCAAUUGGUGUCUGGGUACAGGGAAGACGCUACUGAAUUAAGCUUAUACUGUAAUAUUGCGCACACCGAAAGAAAUAUAACCUUUUGUAGAUUUCAAAAGAAUGCGGAGUCUGCUGGUUUUAACAUUAUGGAUGGAUUGAGCGAUGGACGUCGCAGUUAUUACGGCGAGGGGUUUGCGAAGCGGGAGUGUGGGAUGAGUAUAGAAUCACCUAACAUAGAUGAUUACGGCACCUGGAGAUGUACUGUAGGCACACAAGAGUGGAGAGGCAAUAAUAUUGUACAAAGUACUCCCAUGCAGGCACUUAUACGAGUAGUGCCCCGCGAUACAUCUCGCUCAUUCAGACUUUUACGUGAAACUAAAAAUGCGGAAGAUGAACGUAGAGUUUUACUCGUACAGAGGGAUAGUAGCCUUAUUAUUAUGUGUCGAGCGGAGGUGUCCCUUGCGUAUUGUUGGUUUCAGCAUCCUAAUGGAUCUCAGUUUACUCCUGUGGAACGUCAAGCCGAGGAACAACGUAACUUUUGGUAUACCGGCGAAAGUCUACAAACUGGUGACUGUGGAAUAAAUUUCGCUCAUGUUUCUGAAGACGAUGCUGGCGAAUGGAUUUGCCACAUGGGGCCUAGGCAUCAAUUAGGUGUCGAAGUGACAGACAACGUUAUUGUUAGAGUGACUGGACCUCUUGCUGCCAACAAACAAGAAGUAGAUGCCACAAAUGGCGGGCAAGUUACAUUACACUGCCAAACUGCGAAUGGACCCAGACCGCUUGAUUAUUGUAGAUUCCUGACACCAAAAUCCGUUGGUAUUAGUAUCGAUUCUUCAGUUACACAAGAAAACGCUGUCCUUGGUCGUUUUUAUUUUACCCCUGAGAGAAGUUUGAACUACGGCGAUUGUUCUUUGACCAUAAACCCUGUAAGAAGUGAAGAUAUCGGGCAAUGGACUUGUGCAGGUCUGGUACACGAUGACACUCAAGAGUCAAGGGAUACAAUUACAGUUGUAUACUCUGACAUUAACAGCACUCGCAGACCUGUACAUCAAGCUGGCAUUGUUGGAAUGGUUAUUGGGAUCCUUUUACUAGUGAUCGUAUUGGCUGGAGUGGUGUGGUACAAGAAAGGAAAACCUUUUCCAUGGAAAAUCCGCUUCAGGAACGUUGAAAAUGAUGAAUUUGCUAUUUCAUUUGCAAGAAGUAGUAACGCUUCAGACAAUAGUGUGGAUAGUCAAAGAAACAUAGUGAAUAGUUAA